CUCACGCUGGGCUCUGUCUUCCCAAGGUGAUCAGGGUGACUGGUUUCCUGAAGGGGCUCUACACAGAUGCCGAGAUGAAGUCGGAUAACGUCAAGGAUAAAGAUGCAAAAAUUAGCUUCCUGCAGAAGGCCAUUGAUGUGGUUGUGCUGGUCUCAGGAGAACCUUUGUCUGCCAGACCGGCGCGAAUCGUGGCUGGGCACGAGCCCGAGAGGACAAAUGAACUGCUGCAGAUGGUUGGGAAGUGCUGUCUUAACAAGCUCUCCAGUGAUGAUGCGGUGAAGAGGGUUUUGGCUGGAGAGAAGGGUGAUGCGCGAGGCCGGGCUGUGCGGACCUCAAAGUCUCACGAGCUGGACAAGAGCGCGAGGGAGGAGGAGUCCAGGAGGCGGAAAGACAAAGAGGAUAGAAGAAACUCUGAAGUAAAAGAAAGAAGCACAAGCAGAGAUGAAAAACAGAAGGAAGAGCCGGAGGAAGAGAGCAAACCAAGGGACAGAGAAAGGGGCAAGGAGAAGACGAAGGAGAGCGACAGAGACCGACACAGAGACCCUGAGAGGGACAAGUACAGGGAAGGGGAGAGAGAGCGAGCCAGAAACAGGGCCAAGCAGGACAGGGAGCGGGACAGGGACAGAGGCCACAAGGACUGUGACAGAGAGGUGGAUAGGGAGAAGGAGAGGGAGAGGAGGAGCGAGGCCGGGAAGGAGAAAGGGAGACUGCACGACAGGGAUGGAGAGCACGACCAUGACAAGGGGCGAGACAGAGAGCGCCCGAGGGCCAGAGACAGAGAAGGGCCACCCUCCAGGGACCCGGACCGGGAGAAGAGCAGAGAGCAGGACUGGCCGGGGAAGAAGUCAGGAAACUCAGGGGAGAUGUCUAAGAAGUCAUCAGACGGAGCUGUGAAAGACUCCAGAGCGGAAGCAGAGGUGGAGGUUUCCAGCAGAGUAUCCAGGUCACUGGCAUCAAAAACUUCAAAACAGCGAUUCAAAAAUUCAGUGGAAGAAGGAGAAGCUGGACCUGGAGUUGGGCCACCUCUUCCGGAGAAGCCUGAGGUGUCAGAGAACCCUGAAGUCCCCAGUGAGCUUCUGUCCAGUGCCAGGUCUGUGUGUGGUGGCCCAUGUCCUGGGCAGAGUGGUCACCCUGAGGAUGUGGCUGUGAGGUUUCUCGCUGUACCUUUUGUUGUUUAUUUAGUGCUCAUGAAAAAUGAUGAGGAAUUAUUUGUACAAAGAUAGUGGGAAGUGGCUGGGUGUGGUGGCACACACCUGUAAUCUCAGCACUGUGGGAGGCU